AUGCAUAUCUUCAUCCACAUUGACGGUGUGCAGGCACCUGCAUUUGUGUGUAAGUCAUGUGGUGAGGUAUUGCCCGCUGAUGACUGCUUGAAAGAACAUUUGAGAGUGAGGGAGUGUGCCCAAGCAUUAUCUGCUACCAACAGUGAGAAACUUGAAUGCAGUGAUGAUCAUGAAAACAAUAUCUCCUUCGAGUGUGUACAAGAAGGAAUCGUGGAACAGACUGAGGAGCCCCCUUCGUACAAGGUACCCAGGAAAACUUUUAAAAAAUCCUUUAAUGACAUAUGUAAUACACUUACUGUGAAAGAAGCUGAAGAGGAACUCGAAAGAUGUAAUGACUGUGGAAUUUUAUGUUCAAGUGACCAUGUACAUGUCCACACUGUGCUAAGUGCAAAGAGACAUCACAAAUGUGAUGUUUGUGGUAAAAUGUUUACUCAGUUAUGCAAUCUUAAGAAACACAGAAUAAUACACACUGGAGAGAGACCCCACGAAUGCGAUGUUUGUGGAAAAUCGUUUACUGAAAGGGGCAAUCUCAAGAAACAUGAAUUAAUACACACUGGACAGAGACCACACAAAUGCGAUGUCUGUGGAAAAUCAUUUGCUCACUCGGGCCAUCUGAAGACCCACAAGUUAAUACACACUGGACAGAGACCACAUAAUUGCGAUGUCUGUGGAAAAUCAUUUACUCAGUCGGGCCAUCUCAAGACCCAUAAGUUAAUACACACUGGACAGAGACCACAUAAUUGCGAUGUCUGUGGAAAAUCAUUUACUCAUUCGGGCAAUCUCAAGACCCACUCAUUAAUACACACAGGAGAGAAACCCCACAAAUGUGAUACUUGUGGUAAAUUAUUUAAUGUAUUGAGUUAUCUCAAGGCCCACAAGUUAAUACACAGUGGAAAGAGACCCUACAAAUGUAGUAUUUGUGGAAAAUCUUUUACUCAGUGGGGCAGUCUCAGGAGACACAAAUUAAUACACACUACAUAG